ACUGGAAUCGCGAUUCCGGGAAUCGAGAGUCGCCGCCAUUUCGCCGACGCCCGGAAGUGUGAGCGCAGGACGAAGCUGACAUGGCUGGGCGUCUGCCCGCUUGUGUGGUCGACUGCGGCACGGGGUACACAAAACUGGGUUAUGCCGGCAACACGGAGCCACAGUUUAUCAUCCCAUCAUGCAUUGCCAUCAAGGAGUCGGCAAAGGUGGGCGACCAGUCCCAGAGGAGGGUGAUGAAGGGUGUGGAUGACCUGGACUUCUUCAUCGGAGACGAGGCCAUCGAGAAGCCGAACUACGCCACCAAGUGGCCCAUCCGACAUGGCAUGGUCGAGGACUGGGACCUGAUGGAGAGGUUUAUGGAGCAGAUCAUCUUCAAGUACCUCCGAGCCGAGCCUGAGGACCACUACUUCCUCCUGACGGAGCCACCACUCAACACCCCAGAGAACAGAGAGUACACGGCAGAGAUCAUGUUCGAGUCCUUCAACGUGCCGGGCCUCUACAUUGCCGUGCAGGCAGUGCUGGCGCUGGCUGCGUCGUGGACGUCAAGGCAAGUGGGCGAGCGCACGCUCACGGGGACUGUGAUCGACAGCGGAGACGGCGUCACCCACGUCAUCCCCGUCGCGGAGGGGUAUGUCAUCGGGAGCUGCAUCAAACACAUCCCCAUCGCCGGCCGCGACAUCACCUACUUCAUCCAGCAGCUGCUGCGCGAGCGGGAGGUGGGGAUUCCGCCAGAGCAGUCGCUGGAGACCGCCAAGGUCAUCAAGGAGCGCUUCUCCUACAUCUGCCCGGACAUUGUCAAAGAGUUCAGCAAGUUUGACUCGGACCCUGGCAAGUGGAUGAAGCAGUACACUGGUGUCAACGCCAUCACCAAGAAGGAGUUCACCAUCGACGUGGGUUACGAGCGCUUCCUGGGGCCCGAGAUCUUCUUUCACCCGGAGUUCUGCAACCCCGACUUCACACAGCCCAUCUCUGAGGUUGUGGACGAUGUCAUCCAGAACUGCCCCAUCGACGUGCGCCGGCCUCUGUACAAGAAUGUGGUCUUGUCCGGAGGCUCCACCAUGUUCCGUGACUUUGGACGGCGACUGCAGCGUGACCUCAAGCGCACGGUCGACAGCCGGCUCCGGAUCAGCGAGGAACUCAGUGGCGGUCGCAUCAAGCCAAAACCGAUCGAUGUGCAAGUAGUUACCCAUCACAUGCAGCGCUACGCCGUGUGGUUCGGAGGUUCGAUGCUGGCUUCCACCCCCGAGUUUUACCAGGUCUGCCACACCAAGAAGGACUAUGAGGAGUACGGGCCCAGCAUCUGUCGCCACAACCCGGUUUUUGGCGUCAUGUCCUAACGGGUGGCAUCAGAGCUCCACUCACGCACUCACGCUCUCACGCACGCACGCUUGCUCGCUCGCGCAUACUCGCACAUCUGGGGCUCUGCAAGCUGCCUUGCAAGUGCACACGGGGACAGGAAUGCAUCUUUGGCGGAUGCUCCAUGAAAAAUAAAAACAGCAAUGCACUGUCCAGUUCAUAUAUAUACAGUAUAUAUAUCUUUUGUUGCCGUCAGCAAACCAUGCCAUUGCAUUUGGUUAUGUUUGAUCCGAGUCCUUUUUUUUUUACUUGUUAGGAUCAGGUUCGAUUUGAAUCACAUCACGCAAUAAAAACGUGUUUGAAAUAAACAUAAUACUGUCCCAUUAAAAUUUUUGCAUAUGCUUACGUUUUUACAAAAAUAAUUUUUAUUCGUAUUUUCUAAAUGUUGUUUUUUUGAUUCAUUAAAAAGGUUGACGCAAAAUGAGUUUUAUUUCUCCCCAUUUUCCUCUCAUCGCAAGUUCUUUGAUGGCUAUCCUAGCCGUUUGAGCUGUGCUCGAUAGACUCGUGAGUUUGAGCUCUCACACUAACCCAGGGUUUCGAUGAUGUGCGCUCACGGUUACGGCGCUGGGCCGGCAGAUGCUACGUGCAAAUGGGAAUGCCGAGAAUGUGUUUUGGCAGUCCGCAUGAACUGUGCCCAUUGUGGACCAGUAUUCAAGAAUAAUGAUGAUGAAUUGGUGGCUGGAAUGUACAGAAACCACAAUAGCCUACAUCAAAUUAUGGUGCUGCAAGCCUUUGCCACAGAGUCUGGGAUUGAAAACCUAUCGCAAGCGUUUGAAAUAGAAAUAUCCCAAAAAGUUUGAAUAUUGGAUUUCCUUCAAAUUGUUAUGCCCGCUGCACACACAAUUCGUUGUUGUAUUCUGAAAAUUCUGAAUUUGCGAAAGAAUUAAAAAAUAUAUAUAUCAAGGCCCUCUCUUGCCAUUGGUUUUCAGUGCCCGAGUGUAUCAUUGUUGAACGUCUAUACAUUGUGAAAUCAUUUCCCCUUCCAUUCUGCCUGACAGUGACGUGGAAUGUGCACAUUUUUUGUGGCAAACUUUGAAACCUCGCCAUCCGUUAUUUUCGUAUGUAUAAAAAAAAUGUAUGCAAUAUGUGUCUUGGGUGUGGCCGUCUUGGAAUGAGAGUAAACUUUUGGAGUGUCGUGUUGCAUUAACAUUUUAAAGAUGAACAUGAACUUGAUGCUCCGGAUUUCAUUUGUCUUCUCUCCGCCGUCCCAAGCGCUAAACGAACCGGCUAACCAUGCCGCGCCACCAGCACCACCACCAAGCUGUACGUCUUGGUGGGUUGCAGGUUGACAGGUUGGUUUUAUAGUGGAUUGAGCGGGGAUAGUCAUUGAGUUAUGAUGAGUGAUAAUACAAUACACAUCAUCGCGAAUUUGACCAGAGCAACCUUUGGAAAUGAAGGGGGAAAAAAAUCUAUUGAAAGCUGGGGUUUUUCGGGCAUGAAUGAAAUUAUCUUCUGCAAACAGAAUCCAGAUUAUCUUGUGAAUUUGCAAAAAAAAAAAAGCUCCAGGGCGCCUGAAAUUGUACACGGUUUUUUUUGGCAUAAAAUGAAUAAAUAAAUGUGUUUUAAUCAGUGUUCAUUGAGCCAUAUCAGUCUAAUAUUGCUGGAGGAAUGGAUGGGUGUGCAAUGCCAUUUCCUCGGCUCGUGUUGGGGCUGAGGGAGUAGUGGCGAUGUGGUCUCGCAGACAAAUGGCUUUAGAAGGGCUGUUGUAAGAAAGUUUUCACCGGAUUAUACAAGAGGCAAACACGCUGACCUAGUUCCCAACCUCUCGCGAGCCCUACGGGGCUGCGGAGCGAUAGCUGUACAUUAACAUGUCUGUGCUGCGUUCGAUAAUGAGAAAAAUGCGGCGCGGGUAGGUGUGGCGGUUCCGUGUUGCCAGCCAAGCCCUCGGCGUUCUCAUCAGCACUUGGCUGCACGCCCCUUCACCGAUGGCAGUUCGGUCGCCGCAGUCCGCUGAACUUGACCGCUGCGACUUGGCUCGCGUGUAAACUUGAAGCUCCGGCGCGCAACGACGCAUCGAUUCGUGGACUUGGACCGAUUGAUCGUUUCGCGACGUGCGCAUCGAGCCGUACGUGUCGGCAUGGAUUAUUGUCAUUUCGUAUGUGUUGUAUGUAAUUGGUUUGUGUGACUCCUGCAGCCAUGGUAGAGCUUGCUCUCACUUUAUAUACAUACAAACAAUUGACACUUGAAUCAAAUCGUGACCCCCGGAUCGUGGCAAUGUGUUGCAUCUGAGAGGCGAAUCGUCACAUGCCUCCCCUACAUACGAGCUGCAGCUUAUGAGCAUUUAGUCAACAUUCGGUUAUGUCAACAUUGCAAAUUACGUAUCCAGGAAAAGCCCCCGUUGAGUCUCCAGAUAUUUAUUUUUCAGGAGUGACCUGCAUUGAUUGCCGUGUUUGGACAAUUCCAUCCCUGUUUGGCAUUGUACCAUGUUGCAAUGGUGAUGUACUUCGUUAUACUCAGCAGAGGGUGUUUUCUUGCUGUUUUGUAGGGUUGAAGUAAUUUCGUGGAGUUGAUCCAAACCCAAUGAGCCGAACUAAGGCGCCCUAAAUGAGGCAUGGAUCAGAACAUCACGUGGUUAACCACGUGAUGGCACUAUUUCGAUGUCACUUGCACUCAUUAUUUCAAACUGCAGAAUGCCGAUUUUACUGUUUAUGGCAAGGUUAACAAACCGACAACUUGUUGCAGUUUUUAUCUACGUAUGUGUCCUGCAGUUCAAAGCAAUUCAAUGCUGUUACCAUGCUAAACAUGGUAAUAACGAAAACUAAAUCUAUGAAUCAAACCCCUUGCAUGUUAAUUCGGUAUUAAAACGGGAGCUUACUGUCAGUGGCGUUAAAAUUCUUGCUGACAUUUUCUAAACCUCAUUAAUACUUUACAGCUGAAUUAUGAAAUAAUAGUUUCUUAACAAAUGCCGUUUCCCGAAAAAACCUCAUUAAGUGUGGAGAUGUUUUUUUAUAUAUCAAGAAACAUUGCUUGCUUACGAUGUUUAGCAUUUGUUGUAUGUAUGGAUAUCAAAGCCAAUGCAAGAGUUCCCCGAGAAAUCCCACUGCACACACUUGCGUCCAGAUUAAGAUUGUUUCAGUUAUGAGGCAAAGAGUUAGCGACUUGCACAGCGGCAAAGUAAUGUUGUCUUUUCCAUCCGAUGAUGGCCGUGGCUGUUCAUGACUUCACGAGGACGCUGCUGUGGUCAGCCACCUCAUGCCGGGUUGCUGGUAUACGACGGGCAGAGCACUUCUUCUCCUACUACUCUUUGGUUCUUUCGGUAAAGUCACGUAGGUGAAAAUAAUAAUAAUAAUAAUAACACCUCUUCAACUUCCUUUUUCAAUGAAGCGAUUGGGAUUCGCCGACUUCUGACGGCCCCGUUUCUCCGACUGACUGCAGAUGGCUUGUGUUGCUGUUUGCCCCGCAGCAGAAACAGCAGCAGCAGCAGGAUAACUACGUUUAUUUUUUAUCGCAACUGCUACUGCCCAAUGGCAAUAAAAACAUACAACUGUGCGCUGAUUGCAUUUGCAUGUAAAUAUUUAUAUUACACUCACCGAUGUUGAUUUUUUUGCAUAAAUACAUCUUGGUGGAGGGGGCCGGUGGGGGGGGGAGAGUUUCUUUAAAAGGCUGCUUUGGUGGAUACGAAGAUAAUUGUAUUUUUCCCCCACCCAAUGCUUUAUGAGGGAAAUGCGAACAGCACAAAAAGUGUAAUCUUGCAGCAACAAAAAAUAAAAGGCUUAAUGUGGUUAAAAAAAAUGUUUCAGAAUGUAACAAUCAUUGAGUUGGUGAAUUAGUCUAGAAUUUGAUUGAAACUUUAAAAUAUUACUGUUACACGUGCUGCCCUUUUGGGAGGGGGAUGGAUUGCUAAACUAAUUAUGUGCUUUUUUUUUACUAUUUCACUGUGAUGCGAUAUAUGUGUGAUUAAUCAUUGCAGUGUAUAUAUGUCUUCUGUGUCCUGCGUCUCUAUACAUAUGUAUAACAAUUCUAAUAAACAUCUUUCCAGGUUUC